AUGUCGUCACGCAAGGUCAGAGUCAAGAAGUUGAGUGUCAAAACUCCUCUUCCUGUGCUGAGAGAGGAUCAAAUCGAUCCUUCUGAAUAUGAAGCACUCAGCUCUGACAACCAAAUUUCAACCGGUGUCGAGCACGCCGAGGAAAAGAGCAUUCUCAAGGAUGCAGGAACCAGCAAUACUCAAGAAAUUCCUGUACCACCACCCAAGGAGAGUGACAUCAACUAUGAUGCACUCUACCCUAGUAACUUUCACCAACCAUCCUCAUAUAUCCGGUUUUCACAGACUGUAGAAGAAUGCAUCGGUUGCCAAUAUGAUAUGAGCACAGGGGACACCGAAUUCCUCAAGUCAUACAAUGGCAAGUCCCCGACAGGAGGCCCCUUGUCAGAAGAUGACUUUGAGCGAAUCAUGGAAGUCUUUGAAGAUACGGCGGCUGAGCAGACUCCAUUUGCGUCAGUCGACAAUACCAUUGUCGGCUAUGACAUGAUGGUCCCGUCGCUCAAUCACCUCAACAGCACCUCAAUUCUCCAGCAUGCCAAGGCAAUCUAUGAGUACUGGAGGAACGCCCGCCAGGAGAAGGGCAACAAGCCGCUGCACCCUACUCUCAAAUUUGAGAUACAUCAAGAGACAGACGAUACCGACCCCUAUGUCUGUUUCCGAAGAAGAGAGGCCAGACAGACCCGAAAGACGAGGGCUCGGGACAAUAAAGUUGCCGAGACACUAAAGCGUCUCCGGCGAGAGCUCGAGGAUGGUCGGCAGCUUGUGCUACUGUCUUUUGAACGAGAGAUGAUGAAGCGCGAGCUGCUGCACAUGGACCGGGCCGUAUUUGAGGAGCGAGCCAGACUGAAGCAGAUGAAGCUGAGGCUGGGUAUCAAGGGCGAGGAUGAAGACCUUGUAAACCAAAAGCCCCAAAAACGCAAACCCGCAGAAUCUUCAAAUGUGCAGAGACAACAGGCUACCCAGCUCCGGGCGCCUGCCCGAUCCGAUGGCCGUUCUCUCGAACAAGACCUUGUGUUGCUGGCUGAUCAGCUGGCACAGAAGGAGAACGAGCUGCGAGAAGAAAUCGAGAACAAGGUCCAAAACCACCGUAGGUGGAACCAGAACCACAUUGAUCUCACUCGAGGUCCGUUGUCGCCGGUGAAGGAGCAAGGUACGGAACUCAAGUUCCGACCAGCCAAGACUCAAUAUUUGAUGACACCACCGGCGUCCAUCUCUUCUGAGGAGAUGGAUGUGGAUGAGGUACAAGCUGAGCCCAUGGACAUUGAUAAGCCACACCGACUUCCCGUCUUCCAGUUCAAGGCGGGCACCAUUUCACAAGACCAACCACAGACAAAUCAGCCGUCAUUCCGGCGCCGAAUCGGUCGUCUCCAACGGCUGUGGAUUGAUCGUAGAGGAAUGGCAACACCGCCAAGGCAGGAGAGUAGCGACUAUUCCGAUCGGUGGAAAUACGACUCUGAUGACGAGGACGUCGACCCUCCUGUGUACGAAGUCGAUCCGUUCGAUACCCGAGCCCUCAAGUUUAGGGCAACGAUUCCGCUGAGCCCGUACAUGUUCCGCGGAGGACGGCCUUCGAUUGCUCCCGAGGCGGCACCCGCGGCGGCAGCGGCCCAAGCCCAAGCCACAAGUAGCAGAGCGUUACCACAACCUCCCCCGGCAGCACCGCAAGCACAAGCAACGUCAUAG